AUGUCGUCAAUCGCUUCCAAGAACCUGUUCGAGUUGCUCGGCAACGACCCAGAACUCGACCCCGACCGCGAGCCGGAGCCGCCAACGAAGGCGAUCGACAAGCCGACCGCGAGGUCUGGCAAGCGCAAUGCUCCGGCCGAACCCCCAGCGAGAACUAGUGGCGGCCCCGCUCGCGGUGGCCCCAAGGAUUCUGGCAAUGCCAACGACAACUACCUCCGAGAUCGUGGUGUAGGGUCCGACAAGAACCGCAGCAGGGCUGCCCCGGGUGAUGCUACCGGUGAACCGUACCGUGGUAGCCGUCCGCGUCGCGGCGUCCGUGGUGGUCGAGGCGGCCGCGCUGCCAUGGAGGGCGACCGUCACAGCAGGACCGGCAUCGCUGAACAUGACAAGCAGGCUGCUCACGGGUGGGGUGCCCCCGAAGGCCCGGCCGAGCUGGCCGAUGAAGAGGCCGGUGAAGCCAUCGCCAAGCAGGACGAAAAAGAGGCCGCUGCCGACGCUGCCCCCGAGAACGCCGAAGGCGAGGCAGCUCCCGAGCCCGAGGACAAGACCAAGUCCUACGCCGCCUACCUUGCCGAGCAGGCCGAGAAGAAGCUGUCGCUCGCCGCCCAGAAUGUGCGCAAAGCCAACGAGGGCAGCAAGCAGAAGUUCCCCGAGGGCACCCCUCUUUCCCGCGAGGAAGAAGAGGCUGCUUACAUUGCUGGAUCCGGAGGCAAGGCCAAGCGCCAGCGUGAGCGCAAAGAGAAGAACCUUGUCGAGCUCGACGGAGACCGCAUGCUCGCGCAGCCUCCACGCGAGGGAGGCUUCCGUGGACGCGGCCGCGGCCGUGGCGAAUUCCGAGGCGGCGAGGGUCGUGGUCGUGGUGGACGCGGCCGCGGAGAGGGUCGUGGAGAGGGUCGUGGACGUGGCGGUCGUGGUGGUGGGCAGUCCGGCCCCAACCUCUCCGACACCAGCGCUUUCCCCAGCCUGGGCUCAUAG